AUGAUGCUGAACUCUGAUCAGACAGAAAUUCCGGCCCAUUCGGAGACAGAGUCCGUGUUCAGCGACUGCGGCGGCGGGGGAGGACUCGGCGAGGCUGGAGGCAUCAGCUUGUGCGGAGAAACCAGGAUUUGUGAGGCCAGCGAUGCCGUCAAAAGGGAGCUUCAGCACUUAAGUCGGGAAGAGAGGCGCCGUCGAAGGAGGGCGACGGCCAAAUACCGCACGGCGCACGCUACCCGGGAGCGCAUACGAGUGGAAGCAUUCAACUUGGCCUUUGCAGAGCUGAGGAAGCUUCUUCCCACUCUGCCUCCUGACAAGAAACUGUCCAAAAUUGAAAUCCUUCGGCUAGCUAUAUGCUACAUCUCCUAUCUCAACCAUGUUCUAGAUGUUUGA